AUGCCAUUGACCCACCCGCCCUCGAUCGUUAUCCCGCAACUCCAGCACCACACCGUACUACCACCGCUUAGUAAUCAACUAAACCACCACUUUCCACUCUCGCACUCGCAACAAUACUCACCGCAACACGCCUUCCCUUCGUCGCAGUUGCUGUCGCCUUCAAUGUCUUCCGAUAUCAAUCUCACUUUGUCUGGUCCACUGCGACGCGGCAAAUGGACACGAGCUGAGGAGAACUACGCGGCAGCCACCAUUUCGUACUUUCGUGAUGGUCUCUUGGCCAUUCAGUACGGCACCACCCUCCGCGGGUACUUGGCUCAACAGCUCCAUUGUGACCCCAUGCGGAUCUCGAAAAAGCUGUUGCCUGGUUCGGUCUUUGCUGGGAUCAAGAUCAACCCCAAGAUCGGCCGACGAGCCUACUAUCCGUGCGCUCAGGACUCAUCAGCAGCUACACGGUCAAAAGAAAAUGCUGCUCGCCACCUUACCAAUCUUCGUCGAGCAUUUAUUCAAAGCAUUGAGGAGGAGGAACAGACCCUGGAAGGUGGAAGCAAUGGCGAACUCAAAGACAGCCCCAUCCACUCUAUCAAAACGCACACGCGGAGAUACAAUAGUUCGAAGCCAAUUCCGUCCAUCGGACGCAAACGUAGCUAUGACGACGUCAAUAGUGUCGUGCUUGCACAGCAACAUCAAGGACAUCCAGCGUCUGUAAAGCUCACGGACCCGCAAAUCUUCUAUCACUUCCAGCACCCAGCACAACCGACGCUCUACAGCUCGCAAUAUGCAACGGCCAAUGCUGCCGCUUCAGCAACCGUGACAAUACCGGCCACGAGCAAACUGCCUAAGCUAACAGUCAUGGACGACGUCUCUCGUCAUGCGGCUUACUCAACCCAGCAACGCAGUGUGUCGCCCGUGCCUAUAGCAUCAUCAACGGCAGUGCUGCCGCCUCUGCGCGUCUCGCUUGUUCGAGCCUCUAUGUGCUAA